AUGUCUCGGGUCGAAGAGCGGGACCCGGGAGCCGCAGAACAGCCCCGCCCGGCUCCGCGGCCAUCCCGCACCCGAGACCGCGGCUCUCGCGAGGACUUAAGCCAGGGCUCCGAGGCGCGUUGGCGGCGACGCCCUUCUUCGGGAACCAACCACCGCCAGGUCCAAGCUGCUCCUCGGCCCAGCACCAUGCACUGUUGCCGAUGCAGAUACGUCAUAGUUGCUGUGUCCUUAGUUGUCCUGGGCUUCUUCCUCCCAGAGAAUAAAGAAGAGCAUGUUGAGUACAGUACAUUGUUGAAGGAAAAGGAGGACAUAGCUUGGCAGAUCGCUGUUGAACAAAUCAGCUCUGAAAGCAAGAACCAUGUGGAAACCUUCAAGGAGAUGCAGAAAAACUCCCCUUUACUCCAGCACACCAACUACAAAUUCCUGGCUGGAGCCCCUCCCCAGAAAAAGAAGCUGCUGACGGUGGGGAUCUCAGUGUGGCGUCCUCAUGGGAGCUACCUCUUGGACACCCUGCGCUCCCUGUUCCAAGCUUCCUCGGAGCCUGAGCUGCAGUACAUCGUGGUGCUGCUCCACCUGGCAGAUCCUGACCCUAAGUGGCUCGGCCAGACGGUUGCCAAUAUUUCGGGCCUCUUCGCACCACAAAUUGAGGCUGGGAACCUGCUCGUGGCCCUGGGUCUCCUCAGUGGCUCUCCCCUCCCGGGAGAUCUGAAGAACGUGAGUCACGCCUCACCCUGCGAAGGGCUUUAUUCCAGGCAGAAAGCAGCUUAUGCCCUGCUCAUGAACUUGGCGAGCACACUCUCUGAUUACUUUCUGUUGAUGGAAGAUAACGUUCGCUGCACCCCCAAAUUCGUGACUGCCAUCUAUUCGGCAUUAUCAGCCUGGAAGGAACUGCCGUGGGCGAUGCUGGAGUUCUCCAGCCUGAGGUUCUCUGGGAAGGUUUUCCACACGAGCGACCUCUCCCGCCUCGCCUCUUUCUUGCUCCUCUUCCACAAGGACACUCCUACUGACUUGCUUCUAUCAAAUUUUGGUUUACUCUUGGCCCAAAAUGUUCCUAUUCAUUUCAGUCCCUCUGUCUUUUACCACAUGGGCACUGGUUCUGAGUUUGAGGACACAUGCUUUCCUGUGGAGAAGGACAAGGUCUUUAGUGAACCAGACAACCCCACCGCUAGUGUCCUCACUGACAUGAUGUCACUGUGGAGUGUCAUUCCGCAAUACGCUUAUACACUGAAUGAGGAGUGUUUCUCCACCUUGGAUCCUGUAAAAGGCAACCACUUGACAGUAGUUCUGGACAGGCCACAGAAAGUCAUCCGCAUAGCCGUGCUGACAGGCUCUCAUGAGCAUGGGAAGUACCUGCUGCAGCAGGGCCAGGUGGAACUGGGAUACGAUCUCAUGGAGGAUCCCAAAGACUGUGCUCGCUAUACCCUGCUAGGGCCGCUGGUGCGAGGAAAUUUGGACCAGAGAGUAUUUUACGAAGAACAUUCUGUGGAGGAGUUGAGCUGUAUACGACUGCUGGUAUUAGCUUCCCAAGAGUCUUGGCUCCUGAUCAGGCAGAUCAGAGUGUGGACUGAUCCUGCAGAAGAGGAGAGGUAA